AAGCCAGUAGUAAGUAGUAACUACAAAAAAUCAGAAGCUCCCAAGCUCAAAAUCAUCAUCAAUGGCGGCGAUUACUGAAUUUCUACCAAACGAGUACGGAUAUGUCGUUCUCGUCCUCGUCUUCUACUGUGUCCUCAACCUCUGGAUGGGUUUUCAAGUCGGCGGAGCUCGUAAAAGGUACAACGUGCCGUAUCCAACUCUAUAUGCUAUAGAAUCAGAAAACAAAGAUGCUAAGCUCUUCAACUGUGUUCAGAGAGGACAUCAAAACUCUUUAGAGUAUAUGCCAAUGUAUUUCAUAUUGAUGAUCCUUGGUGGGAUGAAGCAUCCUUGCAUCAGUACUGGCCUUGGAUUGCUUUACAGCGUUACCCGUUACUUCUACUUCAAAGGUUACGCUACUGGAGAUCCCAUGAAGCGUCUCACUAUCGGGAAAUACGGUUUCUUGGGACUGAUAGGUCUGAUGAUCUGUACCAUCUCGUUUGGCGUCACUCUUAUCCGUGCUUGAUCCACUCGUUUCUGAAUUAAUAAUCACUGGGUUUGCUCAGUCGAAUAUGGAACCAAAUCUUGUAAGCUGUCCACAAAACUUGUGUAAUGUUUGUCACUUUUUAAAGUAGUAAUGAAUCAUGGCUUUAUAUAGAACAGCUGAAUUACACAUCCCUAUGCGUUAAUAAAGUUUUAAAUUAUGA